CUUUUCUUUCUUUGUUUAUUUAUUUUUUUUUUUUUCAUUUGCAAAUUCCAUAAUACAUAAAUGUCCCUUGUUAAUAUUUUAAAUAUUCAAGUUUUGGAUAAUCCUACUAAUUUCAAAAAUCCUUUUCAAUUCGAAAUUACAUUUGAAUGUAAUGCCCCACUUAAAGACGAUCUUGAAUGGAGAAUGAUUUAUGUUGGAUCAGCUGAAAGUUCAGAAUAUGAUCAAGUUCUUGAUUCUAUUAUGGUUGGUCCGAUACCUGUUGGCGUCAAUAAAUUUAUUUUUUCGGCUGAUGCACCGAAAAUUGAAUUAUUACCUAAAAAAGAUUUAUUAGAAGUUACAGUCGUCUUGUUAAGUUGCCUUUAUAAUGACAAAGAAUUUGUUCGUGUUGGAUAUUAUGUUAAUAAUGAAUAUAUUGAUGGGGAAUUACGUGAAAACCCUCCUGAACAGGUUAUUGUUGAUAAAUUACAGAGAAAUAUUUUGGCAGAUAAGCCAAAGGUUACAAGAUAUACAAUUGACUGGAUUAAUCCUGAAAACACUUUUCCUAUGAAGAUCGAACAAUCUGAUAGCAUGGAUCAACAAGAUACCAUGAUGGUAUAAUGUGAUGUACUAUAAUUAAAAAAUAAAAUAAAAUAAAAAAAAAAGCUGCUAUUUUAUUACAUAAAAAUAAGCAUAAUUUAUAAUAAACAAC